AUGUCAACUACACUGACGAACGAUUCUGGAAACUUUCCAGACGAUCCCGAUACUGAACAAGGAUUAUUGCCCGAUUUAAAUGGCGUUGAUCUGGUUAUGAGCUUAUCUCCUAAAACCAAUCAGCAUCUACAACAUUUACAAACGCUUCAGCAUAACUCAUUACACAACAUCAAUAAUCAUUCGACACCUUUCUCUGUGACUGAUAUUCUAAGUCCCAUCGAGGAAUAUCGCAAGCUGGAAUUGAAUCCGCCGUCGCCUUACAGGUACGAUUGCCAAUCAGUGAGAUCGAACUCAAGCGGAUCUAGUGUAAACUCGCCAAGUGCUUUAGGUGGUAGUAAUACGAGUAAUAUGGCAAAUCCGUACGCAAUGGGUCCGUUGUAUCAUAGCCCUGGUGUUCAAAGCUAUUGCACGCCAACCGACAAUUUGUCGCUUGCUGGCCACUACACAGAUAUGAGAAGUUCUGCAAGUUGGUAUGGUUCGACAGCAAAUGAUCCAAGAUUCGCCAUUACAAGGUUAAUGGGCGGAUCAGCUGGUGGAUCAAUGGGACAUGCUAUGUCAAAUAUGUCCGGAUUAGCAGCAUGCAACGUGAGUGAUUCAAAGCCAAUGCAAUUCCCGCUUACUCAACGUCGCAAACGACGAGUUCUUUUCACACAAGCACAAGUGUACGAAUUGGAGAGACGAUUCAAACAGCAAAAGUACUUGUCAGCUCCUGAAAGGGAACAUUUAGCAAGUUUAAUUCAUCUAACGCCUACGCAAGUGAAAAUUUGGUUUCAAAAUCACCGCUACAAGUGUAAGAGGCAAGCAAAAGAAAAGGCCAUGGCCGAACAGAAUCAACAUAAUCAGUCGUCAAGUUCACCUCGACGUGUUGCGGUGCCGGUGUUGGUAAAAGAUGGAAAGCCAUGUUCUGGUAGCUCGAACUCGACACCUGUUCAACAACAUUUGACGUCAAGUGGAUCCACAAUAGGCAACUCAUCAUCAAACACGAUUAAUUUAAUUAAUGUGGGUAGUGGAGGUGGCGGGGAUAGCAGCGAGACGGCAACAUCAAACAAUCAACAUUCGCCAGUCGAUUCACCAUCGACUACCAUCUUGAGUAGCUACAAUAGUAGCGGCGGACAUCAACAAAUGCUUCAGCAGCCGUGCAACAACACUUUAAUGUCAAAUAGCUUAGCGAUGGCUUAUCGGAAUCAGAAUAACUUUAUGAGUAACAGUCAUCAGCAGCAGCAUUGUGGAAGCUAUCUGCCACUUCAAGGAAGGGCCUGGUAAUAUUGGGACUCCGCUUCUUUCAAACGUGAAAGGGAUGACGACGACAAUGGCUAAUGGUUCACUUGAAAACAUUCAGAAUUGUAUGUAAUUAAUGAUAAACAAUUAAAUGCGUAGACAUAACCCGUGAAUUGAUUAAAACCAUUUUAAAAUUAAAAUAUUUAAUGAUUAAAAAUGAACGAUGUUUGUUAGU